UGACGCGAGAAUUAGAGUAUAAAUUGGAUUAUUUUGUAGUGUUUUCGUCCAUAGCUUGUGGUAAAGGAAACGCCGGGCAAUCAAACUAUGCGUUCGGAAACUCCAUGUGUGAGCGUAUAUGUGAAGAGAGACGUAGGGAUGGUCUGCACGGACUCGCCAUACAAUACGGACCCAUCGGUGAUGUGGGAGUGUUUGCAGACUCUUCAGAUCAACUAUUAAUGUUGUCCUCAUUGAGAAACCAGCGAACCAACUCUUGUUUUAAUGUUUUGGAUAAAUUGUUGGCAAUUAAACAAACGAUUGUCACAUCACAUGUUAAAGUCGAGGUAAAUAAAGAAUUGACCGGAGAUCGUGGCAAAAGUAUUGUGAAUAUAUUAUGGCGAUCCUUAGGCAUUGAUCCUAACAAUACUCCCAAUGAUCUAACUCUUGGCGAGAUUGGCAUCGAAUCCAUGUUUGCCGUUGAGUUGCAGCAGGAAUUUGAAAGGGAAUGGAAUCAAAACUACGAUGCCGGAAAUAUGGUCGACAUUAAAAAGCACAUUGAUCAUGUUAAGAAAGCCAAGGAUCGUUUCUUAAAAAAUAAUUUUCUUAUUCCUAGCGAAACACACGUUCAGCUGAACAAUGUUCGUUAUGGAGUGCCCGUGUACUUCAUGCCACCCUUAUUGGUUAGUUUUGCGGGUAUGGAAGAAUUGGCCAAUAGGAUUAAUCGACCAGUGAUUGGCAUAAAUUGGACACGGGAGUUGAGUGAAAUGACCACUUUAAAAGACAUCAACCAAUAUUAUGCAAACCUAUUGAAAACACUAGAGCCGAGCGGCAAAUACGAUGUGGUGGGAUAUUUCGAUACCACCAUUGCAUGCGUAAAACUAGUUUUGAAAGGAAUGAAAGGGAAAGCCAUUUUAGUGGAUGCCAUUGAAAGCGAGUCAUUAAGCGAUACUGAUAUAUUGCUAAAGAUUUGCCACAAGCGUAUUAUGUCGGAUGUGCGAGCAAAAGUUAAGUACAUAGUGAAUGAAAUGAUAGAGUUUGCCGGUAAAGGACUGGUGGCCACAGAUAUGGAGCAGAUUUUGCAAAAAAUUUUU